GUGACGAUGAGUGGAUGGAGACGGAGGAGGAGUACAUGGAGGACCACAUUGUCGUCGCCCCGCUCACGCCCGGCACCAAGUACGAGAUGAAGGUCGUCGCCGGCAACGGCGACACAGACGACCUGAAGACGGAGAGCGUGCCGCAGGAGGUCAUCACCGAGGGCGACGCACCGACUGAAGAUAGCAUAGCGACGGCCGGUUGGUUCAUCGGGAUGAUGAUUGCCAUAGCGAUUCUCAUCCUCAUCCUGAUCAUCGUCUGCCUGAUCAAGAGGAAUCGCGGGGGGAAGUAUCCAGUACAAGAGAAGGAAGCUGCUCUAGGCAAGGACCCGGAGAAGGGCGACGAAGACGGAGGCUUCCCGGAGUACAACAAGCCGUUGACGGCGGAACCGGACGACACGAAGGGGUCGCGACCUUCGCUGAACUCGCUCGUCAAGCCGAUGGGAAGCGAGACGGACUCGAUGGCCGAGUACGGCGACGGCGAGGGCGGCAAGUUCAACGAGGACGGCUCGUUCAUCGGUCUCUACGGCGGCGAGAAGAAGCCGAGGCAAGCAGCAGGCGACCAGCCGGCCGAGCAGCCGUCGGCGCUGUCCACGUUCGUGUGAGCGCCUCCUGUUGGCUCCUCCCCGCCGCCGCCGCGGCGCGCGGGGGAGGCCAGUGAGGGGAGGCCGCAGCCAGAGUAGAUCGCGUGUCCUUCCUUCUCCUCGCCUCGCCUCCCCCUCGCGUUGCUAGCGCGUCACGAGGGAGAGGGACGAGAGAGAGAGAGCGGGGGGAGAAGGGGAAGCAAGGGAGCUAGAGAGAGUGAUUCUCGGCCCCUCCCUCCAUCCACAUUUCUAGCGCGACACGAGGGAGAGGGGAGAGAAAGGAGGGAGGGAGGGAGAGGGGGAGAAGGUUAAGCGAGAGAGGGGAGGCUGCGUGAGAUUCUCGGAUCCUCCCUCCCUCGCGCCGCGCGGCAGCCUCCUCCUUGCGGGGGCGCGCGCGACUAGAGGAAGCCUUCUCGCUCCCUCUCCCGGAUGUCUCGUGGCGGCGGUGCACUUCCGGCAGCUUCCCCCCGGGCUGCAGGGCUGCGUGCCCACGUGUCCCUACAUUUACUCUGUAUGCAGUAGCCGUAGCUUUACUAAGUGUUUACAUGUACUAUGCGCGCGAUAUGUGUGGGGUUAGAUGGCAGGCGUGCGUGCGUUCCCACGUGCGUGCGUGCGUGUGUGCGUGCGUGCGUGCGUGCGUGUGCCAUCACUGGCACGCCAUCAUCCGGUGAGAGAGAGAGCAGCAGCGGUUAACGCUGUUGCCGUAGCAACGCUAAUAACAAAUUGGGGGGCGAGCACCGCAUUGUCCGCAGACUUUCGCGUAGUGGCGAGCACUCGUCGGUCGUAGUUUGCAUUUUGGAUCGGUAUUUUCGGCAGUCACUCGUAAUUAGUCCAGCUGCCGGUCUCUCACUCGCACGCGCGAUCAUACACCUUAUCAGUACGCGUCGACGACGCCGUUGCCAUGGCGACCGGCAACACCGGACACGGCAACCCCGAUGUCGCUAUGGCAACCAGCGCGGUCUCGUACGCUGCGCAGCUGGAUGUUGUCAUGGCAACCGAUGCACUGUCAAUCGGCCAGCAGCUGGACGUUAUCAUAGCAACCUAUUGUCAAUCGGCCAGCAGCUGGACGUUACCAUAGCAACCUAUAGGACGUCAGUGGGCAGCCAGUUGUUGACGUAGCAACCAGCACGCUGUCACGCAGCCCAGCCGACCACGGUCGGGCUUGACUGUAGAGUAAUAUAUGUAUAUGUACGCGUGCGUGUCUUGCAACGUGUGGUUGUAAUCUGUAUUCACAAACAUCCUUACACAUAAUAACUUAUUAGAUAUAUAGAAGAUCGUUCUUGUCGUCUGUGUGUGUGCGCGUACGUGCGUGCGUGCGUGCGUGCGUGUAUGUGUGUGUGUGUGUGUGAGUGAUAAGAGAUCACGGUGUAGGGAGGUGGGCUGUCGUGGUAAGCCUGGUGCUUAUUGGUCAAUUUGUAAUAGUUCAUUGUUAUUUGCUACGCGUCUGUUUCUCGGAAGUUUGUCGUUAGUUUUAUCGUCGGUGUCUUUACGUUGAGCUGGUGAUGAUGAUGAUUGAUUGAUUGAUUGAUUGAUUGAUUGAUUGAUCGAUGAACGGGAAAAGCAGUUUUUUGCAGUUUUAAGUUGUGAAUCAUUCGAUGUUCUGUACAUAUUAGGUAGCGAAUAGGGGAGUCGUGCGUGCGUGCGGUUUAGCAAUUUUUGUUACAUGGCUUUUACUAAAGGGUUUCACUAGGUUGUGCUGCUAUAUGUAGAGAAAGAACUUUUUUGACAUUGCGUUUUGAGUAGGUAUAUUAAGAACCUUUCCAUAUUGGGCAGGUUUGUAAGUCAUCACGGAGCUAUAUAUUACAUUCGUAUCAUAUGGUUGUGCUGUUGAAAUCUUUGGCGCAGUGUUAUAUUUUAGACUGGAGCCAUUUGUGUUUGACAGGAGUACGGUAAAACAAAAA